AUGGAUGUCGUAGCGAACAUGAAGGUCACGGCAAUUCGUUUGAUCAACACGUCAACAAUGAACGCCUUCGUGCCUCACCUUGAGAAGCGUAGGGCAGAGAUAGAGGGUGUCCAUGUGAAGACAUUCAAGUACGGUACCGCAGAAAGGCAUAUGCUAGACGUGUAUUAUCCACCUGAGGAUAUUUGUCCUACAAGCGGGAGGAAGAUACCUGUUCUCCAUUUCUUUUAUGGCGGCAGCUUCGUGCGCGGUUCCCGCAGGCUCCCCCCACCAUACGACCUAGGAUAUGCGAGCACAGGAGCUUACUUUGCAAAGCGAGGGAUUCUCACCGUCAUCGCCGACUACCGUCUCGUGCCCAAUGUGAAGUAUCCGCAGCCAAUCGAGGACGUUAGGGACACCAUCAGUUGGGUGAUCGCCAAUGGAGCGGACGAGAUCGUAGGUCAAACCGGUAUUCAAGCGGACUUCGACCACGUCUUCCUGCUGGGACACUCUGCUGGAACGAUCUACAUCUCCACCCUUCUUUUCCAUCCCACGCUGUUGACACCUCAACUGCGCUCACACAUCCGCGGUAUCGUUCUGAAGAGCGGGAUGUUCAGGUUCCCGCGGGACAAGCGUAUGGGCCUUGAGGAUCCGUUGCUCCAGCUGUACGGCAAUUGGUUCGAAGUGGAGGCGAAUAUGCCGAUCGCUUUACUGAACCAGGCAUCUGACGAGGUCUUGAAAGGAUUUCCAGAGGUGAUCAUGUUGGCAAGGGAGCAAGAACCUGAUGGGUUCUUCGUAACCAAUGAGGAGCGAGUCAGGGAAGCACUGGAGGCGAGGCUGGGAAGAGAUAUCCCGCUAAACUUUAUGAAGGGGCAUAACCACAUCAGUCCGCAUUGGGCGCUGUGGAGUGGCCGCGAGCAGGAGAAGAAUGGGCGGAGGAGGUUACCGGAUGGAUUCACGACAAAAUUGCGUCAGCAUAAUAUGUGUCUAGCUCGAGUAAAUGCCGUGGUAUACUACUGA